AUGGCCAUGCUGGGACUCCUGCUGGCAGCAGCCCUUUGUCUGGGCUCUGCUUCUGCUGCUUCUCUGGGAACUGUGAUGACCGAAGGGGGGAUGGUCGUUGGAAACAACAAAGCUGUUUCUGGACUCUUCCGCUACGUGGAUUCUUUUAAGGGAAUUCCCUUUGCCGCUCCUCCUGGUCGCUUUGAGAAGCCUCAACCCCACCCUGGCUGGGAUGGUGUUCUGAAAGCCAAAGAGUACAGGACAAGAUGUCUUCAGGUCAACCUUAUCCAGACAAUGACCCGUGGGGUUGAGGAUUGUCUCUACCUCAACAUCUGGAUACCCCAGGGACGCAAAGAGGUCUCUACCAACCUCCCUGUCAUGGUCUGGCUCUUUGGUGGUGGCUUCCUUGUCGGUGCUUCCACCGGAGCAAACUUCCUCGACAACUAUCUGUAUGACGGAGAGGAGCUCGCCAACAGGGGGAAUGUCAUUGUGGUGACACUGAGCUACCGUACAGGAACUCUGGGCUUCCUCAGUACUGGAGACGCCGGCAUCCCUGGUAACUAUGGCUUGUGGGAUCAGCAUGCUGGGAUUGCCUGGGUGCACAGGAACAUCAAGGCUUUUGGUGGAGAUCCCGACAACCUCACCGUCUUCGGAGAGUCUGCUGGAGGUGCCAGUGUCAACUUCCAGCUCAUUACACCCUUGAAUAAGGGGCUGAUCCGCAGAGGCAUCUCCCAGAGUGGAGUGGCUCUCUGCCCCUGGGCCGUCAACAGGAACCCCAGGGCAUUUGCUGAGCUGGUUGCCGAAAGGGUGGGCUGCCCAACUGAUGAUAAGAUGGUGGCUUGUCUGAAGAUGACUGAUCCUGUUACUUUGACUCUGGCUGGCACCUUGGACAUGGAAGGGUCUCCAGAAAAACCCAUUGUCAGCGCCCUGGUCCUCUCUCCUGUCAUCGACGGAGACUUCCUGCCUGAUGAGCCUGCUAACCUGUUCGUCAAUGCCGCAGACAGGGACUACAUUGCUGGUGCCAACGAUAUGGACGGCCACAUCUUCACUGGAGUGGAUGUACCUUCUGUUAAUCAGCCUCUCCAUGCAACAGCUGUGGAGGAUUUGCGGCUCCUUGUGCGUUCCUUCACCAAAGAGAAGGGGCAGAAGGCUGCUGACCUGGCCUACAACGAGUACACCUCCGGUUGGGGGCACAGGCCUGGCAGGGAAGAGAUCAAGAGGGCAGUUGUGGAAGUGGAGACCGACUACAUCUUCCUGGUGCCCACUCAGGCCGCUCUCUACCUGCAUAACAGCGUUGCCACAACUGGACGCACAUACUCCUACCUGUUCUCUCAGCCUAAUAGAAAUCCUGGAUUCCCCAGCUGGAUAGGGGCAGACCAUGCCGACGACUUGCAGUUUGUCUUCGGCAAGCCCUUCACCACCCCUCUGGGAUACUGGCCCAAGCACCGUGAUGUCUCUGGAUACAUGAUCGCCUACUGGACCAACUUUGCAAGGACCGGAGACCCUAACAAAGGUGAGUCUGAUGUUCCCGUCAACUGGCCUGCUUUCGACAAUCAGACCCACAAAUAUGUGGACAUCAAUGACAGGAUGGGUAGAAACUCUGUCAAGCAGAAGCAGAGGAUGCGCUUUGUCAACUACUGGACCAACACUUUUGCCAGCUUGCCCACCAUCUCUGAGUAAAUUGGCUUAGAAUCAUAUGUAGUCACAUACUGUACAGUCCAUGUUAGUUAAAUGGUCUGGAGCUUCAUCAAAGUUCUACUCAAAGUGA